UACACCCACCCCAGCUUUCAUACUUUCGGUCUGAUAGACGCAGUGAUAAGGACAUUCUCGGCUCGACAGCGCAAUACCUCGAUAGCUGAACCGAGCAAUCGACUAGUAUAGCUAUAUUGAUAAUUGUAGAUACAAAUUUAGUGCAUACAUCCUUUCUUUUAUCGUAAAGUACAAUUGUAGUGCAGGAAACCAUUGUUCAAUACUCGUCAUAUUAAAAAAAAUGCUCAGGUCCAGUUAAGAUUACUUUAACAAUUAUGUGUGAUUAGAUCUUUGUUUGAUUUGAUAUUUUUCGUGUUGUACUUAUGUGCUAGUGAAGAAGUUAUAGAUCUUUUCCAAUUUAUCCUAUAUUCUAAACGCUCCAGUGAGUUUUCUCACAUUGUUACUGAUAAGUGCAAAUUUGUUCAAGUCUGCAUCCAUACACCCAAAUCAGUCGUAUCAGAACAAGCUAUAAAGUAUUGUUUUGCAAGCUGUUGGCGAUAAAAAAAAUCGGUCUCAAGUUUCAACAUGCUUAUGGUUCUAUAAUCAGUAAGCAGGAAAAGCGAUUAGUUUGCAGAUUGAUCGCGAUUUAUUGAGCACGGUCAACGCAAUCAAAAACCCACUCCCGAUAAAUCCCGAUUGGAUUGACGAAAAAGCGUGGCAAACAUGUACCAAAAGCGCUUGAUGCGAAUUAUCUAUCUGAUUGUAUUCGUUGUGGUAGUGAUAUUGCUGUACAAGAGUUUCACCAGUGCACCGGAAUCGAAUCCAGUUCAGGAUGAUUCCUUGGCUCGACCAGCCGAUGCACCCAUCUAUACGAUGGUCUUCUAUGAGGCACUGUGUCCGGAUUCGAAAAAUUUCAUCAUCAAGCAACUGCAGCCGGCCUUCGUAAGGGCACCACAUAUGUUGGAAAUACAAUUUGUGCCGUACGGUAAAGCAACGACCAGCACCAUUUCGGACGGCUCGCUAACAUUCGACUGUCAGCACGGUCCGAUUGAAUGCGAAGCAAACAUUAUCCAUGCCUGCGUGGUGGAAGCUGUGCACGAUGCCAAAACACGAUUGGACAUGGUGGCCUGCAUGAUCCGGGACAACAUGAUACCGAAGGAUGCUUUCUAUCGCUGUGCCAAGGAGCACGGUGUAGAAAUCGAGUCUAUCCAAAAGUGCUACGACAGUCCUCACGGAGCGGAAUUGCUCAAGCUGCACGGUGAAGCAACCCAUGCGUUGCGUCCUCAAAUCACCUUCAUUCCCACCAUUACCCUGGAUGGACAACAGGGCCGGCAAGCUUCCAUCCUGAAGGACCUCUUCGGCGAAGUGUGCAAGAUUGCCUCCGGACGAGGCCCAAAACCGGUGGAAUGCGAAUGAUAGCAGAUGGUUUUGUACUCGAUAAAUCGGUUUUCCCGCGAGGUGUACGGUGAGAUCCGCCAAAUUCCAGAGCACAUCCAGCGCUCCAUCCUACUGCUGCUGCAGUAGAUUUUUUGCUCCGAUUGCAUUCUUAUUAUUCGGCAGCACACACAACGUUGAUGCCCUCCACAGACAAAGUCUUCGUUUAAAACAUCGAGUAUUUAUAAGUUGUAGGCAAAUAAUGAGUUCUAAUUGAAGAUUCGUUUUUCAACCUUGAGAGACGUACAUCUACCAUACAUCCAGACGCACGAAAAUAGUUGAUGUUUCGCACCAUAUUAGGGAUUGAUAGUAAAUUCAAAUUUUAAACGUUACUCACUCAGACCAGACUCGUAGGAUAAAUGUACCGAUUGAACGAAUAGAAUUACAAACUACGACAAAUUGUCCGAUUUGCAGUCAAUCCAGUAAAGUGUAGGCGAUUUGUAUGCAAUAUUCCAAAAAGUAGUCUUUGCUAGUAGACAUUAGCAAUAGCGAGAAUCGUAGAAGAAUGACCUGGUAGCUGGAAUCUAUCUACAGGUAAAAUUGAGAACAUAAUACCAAGAAAAUGUACUUUAAGUGAAUAGCUCUAAAUAAAUAUUAAAUGUCAUAAA